AUGGGAGCUCCCACAUUUCUCUUUGCUCUUCUUCUAUUCAUCCUCUUCAUCAACACAACCACGGCGACUUCUUCUUCGAGCCGUACCUACAAAACGUACGUCAAAACAGCCUGCAACUCCACCACGUACCCACAAAUCUGCUACAAAUCCCUCUCCUCUUACGCCACAUCCAUCAAAUCAAACCCUCAGAAGCUCUGCAGCUACGCCCUCUCCGUAACCCUAAAAGCAGCGAAAACCUCGGCUUCCACGGUGUCGAAGCUGGCCAAGAAGAAAGGAAUAACGAAAGCGGAGGCCGGUGUGGUGGGGGCUUGCAUUGAGACCAUCAAGGACUCCGUCGACGAGCUCAAACAGUCGGUGACUGCCAUGAAAAACUUGGGAGGUGCUGAUAUGCAAUAUCAAUUGGAUAACAUAAAGACUUGGGUUAGUGCUUCGCUGACGGAUGAGGAUACCUGUACGGAUGGAUUCGAUGAGCAGAAGGUAAGUACGGCGGUGAAGAACACCAUUAGAAAGAGCAUUCUCACUGUUGCUAGAUUGGCUAGCAAUGCCUUGUCUCUCAUCGACAACCUCAAUUACUAG